UUUCGACCAGGGGUAAAAUGGUCAUUUCGUCCUAAUUACUCUCUCUUUGAUAUUCUUCUCCCCUUUUCCAGAAGCUUCAGCCCAUUGUUGGGUUCUCUUCAUACUUCCUCCUUCGUCUUUUCUUCUUUCGCUGCGUUUCCUGGGUUCUUUUCAUACAUUCUGAUUUUGCAAUUCAUAAUUGUUCUAAGCUAAAUCUGAGGGUGUGACUUGAACAGAUAACCAUAAAGAAACAUAUCAUGGUGUAGUUCUAAUUCUUUGGUUGUAUGCCUCUACUUUGGAUUUUCCCAAAACUUUCUACUUUAUUGAAUAAAUCGCUCGUUAUUUUCAUCUUCCAGUUCGUCUGUUUGUGUUUCACCCUGCUGCCUUUUUCGCACCACUGGCAACCAUUUGUUGGAUUUUUUUUCCUUUUACUUUAUGUUAUCUAAUUAUUUUGCUUCCUACGUUUCUAAUUUUCUCAAUUUCAUCAUUUUAUUCUUUUCCUUUUGCCUCUUCUGCCUAUGUAACAAUGCCUGGGAAGCAGAUUUUUUUCCUAUGAUAAAAUGGAGCUUGGAUGGUAGAAGCCCCAUAUUUGACAGGAAUGGAUACGAAAUAGUAUUUUUCUUUAACUGGGUAUUUUGAGCGUUUAUGUAUGCCCAAACCUCAACAAGAUUCCAGUAGGCCUUUCUCCUGCUGAAAUUGCACAAUUGCAUAGGGAGACUGAAGAGAAUGCUGCUUUUCAUUGUCUCCCAGUUCAAAUUUUCUUCUUCAUCUGCGGCAGCUGGUAAAACGAGAAAGUCAAUGCGCUCACAUAGUAAAAGUAUAUAGGAUCUUGGCGGCCGAGAACGAUGAUAACCAAUGACACUAUUAACAGUGUCAAUACUUUUAAGGGGAUAAUACUCUCAAGAUGAAAAGAUAAGACUUACUUCAAUACUUGGUCAACGAAAAUAUAAUUUUCAAUAUUUUACGAAUUCUCUCUGUUGACAAAACUAAUUUAAUACUAUUAAACUUUUAGUUGAGGAAGCUUUGAUGAUAACAGUUCUGUGCUAUUUGGAAAAAUAUGUGCCUGGCAAUUUAGGCCUGACCACUGCAGAGGUCUGUAUGCUUCAUAUUUUUUCUGUGUUGAUGAUUAGAAAAAUACCAAGAAUGAACAAAGGUUGGUAACAUUACAAUACACAAUAAGGAUAAAUUAUAUAUUUAGUUCCUCCAUUGCAUACUCUGCUAUGAUAGGCUUGACCCAGUGCAAGGUAUGCACAUCAACAGCAUCAGCAACACUGUGCAGGUUGCGAAGCAUGAUGCUAUGGACUGGACUUGUACAAGAGGUUGGUUGAACCUUCCAGUGGGUUUAUCCAUGGAGUAUGAGAUAUAAAAGUCAUCAAACACAUUGAGGACAUACGCACGGGUAGACAGGGAGGAGAGCUCGACCUAGAUUCGUAGUAGCUGUCAGCUGAUUGAAAGCACUCCUUUGUCCCGGAGGUUCUUGAUUAUUCUUUUGUGUAUAUUGUCAUGUAUAUGUAUUUUUGGGCAUGAUGGGGUCUUGUCCCAUCCUUAUGUUUAGCACUCCAGUAGAGGCUCGUAGAUACGCAGUGUGGGUUAGACGGUCUCACGAGAUGCUAUUAUAUGUAUAUAUAUUAUUUUGAUGGCCGAGAGGCACAUGUAUAUAAAAGUAAGUAUGUUUCCAUAUGAAAUAUGAUUUUCUUACCAUUCGAGUAUAAAAGCUGAUAAAAAGCAUUAAAUAAACAAGAUGAGUAGUAGAACGAGUGGUGCUCGGUGGCUAGCCCCGGGUACCCGUCGUGGCCCCUAGCAGGGUCGUGACAAAAGUGGUAUCAGAGCGGUUCAGUCCUUGGAAGUGUCUACGAGCCGUGUCUAGUAGAGUCUUGUUUAUGGUAUGUUGUGCGCCACAUCAAUAAACAAGAGGCUACAGGGCAUUUAGGAAAAAUGACCAUCUUUCUUCUUAUGAGAUCGCGCGAUAGAGCUAUGUAUAAGAUUUUAUCCUCCCUAAUAGCUUAUUGUGAUUUCAGAAUGCCGCCAAAGGGAAAAGCUACAGCCGCCCAGAUAGGCAAGACUACGACAAAGAUGUGGGUAGAAAGAGAGCCUCCGAUGAAUAUAGAAGAAGGCGAAUCACAUAAUGAGGCCUUGUCUAACACUUCUUCUGCCCCGCCUAAUGUGGAAGGACAAGGAGGAGCUCCAGCUCCAAUUCCUCCACCGGUUGCUUCAGGUCAACAAAUGAUCGAGGCUAUACAUCUAUUGACACAAUUGGUCGCCGUGCAGCCACAGCGACAAAAUGUGAGUUCAAGUGAUCAGGCCGCAAGUACCAAAGCCCGUGAUUUUAUGAGUCUAAAUCCUCCGAAGUUCUUCGGGUCAAAGCCGGAUGAAGACCCGCAAGGUUUCAUAGACGAAAUAUUGAGGACAUUGAAGAUUGUCCAUGCCUCUGAAACCGAAUCCGUGGAGUUGGCAUCUUAUAGACUCCGGGAUGUGGCAGUUUUAUGGUAUAAUAACUGGGUAUUAUCAAGAGGAGAGAAUGCGCCUCCUCCGGUUUGGCAAGAAUUCGUGGAUGCAUUUAAUCGUCACUAUUUGCCACCCGAGGUUCGCCGAGCUAGAGCGGAUAGAUUUCUAAAUUUGAGGCAAGGAAAUAUGAGUGCCCGGGAGUAUAUCAUGCAAUUUAAUUCUUUGGCUAGAUAUACCCCGGCUAUGGUGGCCGACAUGGGAGAUCGGGUACAUAGAUUUGUGAGUGGCCUAGGGCCACAUUUAUUUAGAGAUUGUUUGACGGCUUCCUUGCAAGACGGGAUGGAUAUUUCCCGAAUACAAGCCCAUGCUCAGAAUUUAGAGGGACGACAACAACAACAAAGAGGUGACCGUGAUAUCGACAAGAGACAAAGUAAGAGGGCCAAAUCUAUGGGAGCAGGUAGUGAUUAUAGAGGGAGAUCAAGACAGACAUAUUCUAGGUACUCCGGCCAGACGGUGACCAAUGCACCUCCUCGAUUCGCAGGUAGGAGAUUUGAUCGCUCCUUCCGUUCAGGACAGGGCCAGAGUUUGAGGGCCUCAGAUUCCCAGUUCAGGGAAGAUUAUAGUCAGAGGAGACCCCCAGUACCGCAAUGCAGCCAGUGCGGUAUAUUACAUUCCGCACAAUGUCGCCAGGGUUUGGAUGCUUGUUAUACUUGUGGCCAGGUUGGGCACAUGAUGAGAGAUUGCCUGUCGAUGAGUAGUAGAGUCGGAGUUCAGCCUACAGGUUCAACAGCUGGCUCUUCCUCAGCGCGCCCGGUAGGGCAGACUCCUCUGAUGUCAGCAUGCAGGUUUAUAUUGGGAGCCCUGGGUGGCAGGAUCUUGAGUCAUCCCCAGAUGUAGUUAAAGGUACAUUGUCUAUAUUUUCCCGAGAUGUGUAUGCAUUGAUAGAUCUGGGUUCUACUCUUUCUUAUAUUACUCCAUAUGUUGCUGGUUGUAUUGGGGUGAAACCUGAGCUAAUUAAACCUUUUGAGGUGUCUACUCCGAUUGGUGAUCCCGUGAUAGCAAAUCAAGUGUAUAAAAAUUGUGUAGUUGUGAUAUGUGAGCGCCAGGCCACAACUGAUUUGAUUGAGUUGGAAAUGUUGGAUUUCGAUGUAAUUAUGGGCAUGGAUUGGUUGGCCUCGUGCUAUGCUAAUGUUGAUUGCCGAUUGAAAGUGGUUCGAUUCCAAUUUCCGGGAGAGCCUGUGCUUGAAUGGAAGGGUAAUACGGCAUCUCCCAAGGGUAGGUUUAUUUCCUACCUUAAGGCAAGGAAGAUGAUAGCUAAAGGCUAUAUUUAUCAUUUAGUUCGAGUUCAUGACACCGAGUCAAAGCCGCCAACUUUCCAAUCAGUUCCGGUAAGUAAAUGAAUUUCCGGAUGUAUUUCCAGAUGAACUCCCAGGUCUUCCUCCAGAGAGAGAAAUUGACUUCGCCAUUGAUGUGUUGCCAGACACCAAGCCUAUUUCUAUUCCUCCGUAUCGAAUGGCUCCGGCAGAAUUGAAAGAGUUAAAGGCAUAGUUGAAAGAUUUGCUCGAAAAAGGGUUUAUUAGACCCAGUUCAUCGCCGUGGGGAGCCUCAGUCUUGUUCGUAAGAAAGAGAGACGGAUCCCUACGAAUGUCCAUUGAUUACAGGAAAUUGAACAAGAUGACGAUAAAGAACAAGUAUCCUCUUCCGAGGAUUGAUGAUUUAUUUGACCAAUUGCAAGGUGUCAAGUGGUUUUCUAAAAUAUAUUUAAGGUCGGGUUACCAUCAAGUGAGAGUUUGAGAAGCGGAAAUUCCCAAAACGGCCUUCAGAACGAGAUAUGGCCACUAUGAAUUUCGAGUGAUCUCGUUUGGAUUAACUAAUGCUUCGGCCGUGUUUAUGAGUUUUAUGAACAACGUACUCAGGCCUCUUUUGGACUUAUUUGUGAUAGUAUUUAUUGAUGAUAUUCUGGUACUCUCGCACAGAGUCAGAACAUGCAGACCAUUUGCGAAUUGUUCUUGGCAUUCUUCGAGCCCAGGAAUUGUAUGCAAAAUUUUCAAAGUGCGAGUUUUGGCUAAAUUCUGUGACAUUUCUGGGCCAUGUUAUCUCAAAUGAUGGCAUUCGAGUUGACACUCAGAAGAUUGAAGCUGUGAAGACUUGGAAAGGCCUACGACGCCUACAAAAGUUCGUAGUUUUCUGGGUUUGGCAGGUUAUUAUAGAAGAUUCGUAGAGGGCUUUUCAUCUAUUUCAGCCCCAUUGACGAAGCUAACCCAGAAGUCAGCCAAAUUUCAAUGGAAUGAUGCUUGUGAGCGCAGCUUCCAAGAGUUGAAAGACAGAUUGACCUCAGCUCCGGUCUUAACACUUCCAGAAGGGUCAGAUGGCUAUGUGUUAUAUUGUGACGCUUCCGGUGUCAGAUUAGGAUGCGUAUUGAUGCAGCAUGGUAAAGUUAUUGCAUAUGCUUCGAGACAAUUACGGAAACAUGAAAGGAACUAUCCAACUCAUGAUCUCGAAUUGGCUGCGGUUAUUCAUGCCUUAAAAAUAUGGAGGCAUUAUUUGUAUGGUGUGCAUGUUGAUAUUUAUACAGAUCACAAAAGUUUUCAAUACAUCUUCAAGCAAAAGGAGUUGAAUCUGCGGCAGAGACGGUGGUUAGAAUUGUUAAAAGAUUAUGAUGUGAACAUUUUGUACCACCCUGGAAAAGCGAAUGUAGUAGCCGAUGCGCUUAGCCGACGAUCAAUAGGCAGUUUAUGUGAAGUCCCUAUGGAAAAGAAAAAGAUGGUUCAUGAGCUCCGCCAACUAUCUAAUCUUGGAGUACGUGUGUCACACCCUAAUAUCCCUAGGGUGUGAUGGGCACCCGGCCCCAUAUCCGGAGCCGAGCGAACCCACAGACUCUUAUUACACACAUAAUUUCUUCGGAUUCUGAAAUCAAAUAAAAGUGAAAUACAUAGUAAGCUUUCAAAAUCUUUCUUCUAUCGAUGGUUUCAAAUCAGAAAAAAUCUGUAAUCAUAUAGAGCUUUCACAUAAUACAGAAUGACAUAUCGGCCGAUGGAGCCGCUUACAAAACUGACAUACUAUACCCACGACUCUGUCUGCAAAGUCUCUAACUUCGAAAAAAACAUCAUAACACAUAAACUCUUACUUGGCAACACUCCAGGAGUAAAUGGAGCUCGCCAAUCCUGCUAAAACAUCUUCUGACAAAUCUUCUACUCAUCUGUAUGUACCUGCGUGGCAUGAAACGCAGCCCCCGAAGAAGAGGGAGUCAGUACGGAAUAUGUACUGAGUAUGUAAGGCAUGAAAUAUAGAAAACAGAAUCACAAUCGGAACAACGGAACAAAAGUAAGUACAUUAGCCAGAAAAACCAAGGAGCUUAUUUUCCAAACGCAACUCAUGUAUACCGAUGUCACAUGUCAGAAGGAGUACAGAAAAUGAGUAAAUCGUCCAGAGUGUCAGAAUACUUACUUUCCUUCCAAACACAGAUCAUACGUGCUGACCUCAUAUGUCAUCAUAUACAUAUACAUAUAACAGAUCCCGGCCCUCUAGUAAGGGACGCGGUGGAUGGACUCCUUAUGUAUGCUGACAUCAUAUAUCACAGAUGCAUAUAACAGAACCCGGGCCUCUGGUAAGGGACGCGGUGAACAAAAUCAUCAAUGCAUGUCAGAAUCAUAUAUCACAUAUGCAUAUAACGUGCCCCGGCCCUCCCGUGAGGGACGCGGUAAAUCAUAUAUCAUGUAUACAUCAAACGUGCCCCGGCCCUCCCGUGAGGGACGCGGUAAAUCAUAUGUCAUGUAUGCAUAUAACGUGCCCCGGCCCUCCAGUGAGGGACGCGGUGAAUCAUAUAUCAUGUAUGCCAAUGUCAUGUAUCAUAUAUGCAUGUAACGUGCCCCGACCCUCUUUUGCGGGACGCGGUGAAUAAAUCAUGUGCCAUCCUGGCCACCACCCCGUCAUCACAUCAUAAUGUCAUCAUAUCAUAUAUAACAUGCCCCGGCCCGCAAGUGAGAGGGACGCGGUGAACAAUGCAGAGAAGUACGCACGAGAACAUACCCUGGCCCGGGACGCAGUGGAGAACAUACUGAGACUUGCACGAACAGAGUAGUGCGAAACCAUAUGCACGUAAAUCAAGACUUGACAGACCGGUAUACUUACCGACACAUGAAGGCUCAGAAACCAGUUUCGGGUCAAUCCGACUUAGUAUAAGAAAGUUAUAAGCGUUCGAAGUACAGAACGUUCCACAAGCGUUUCAGAAGCCGUUUUUGGAAGAUCAAGCAACAACCAUAUCAAGUACCUUUCAGAUAUCGUUAUGGAUUAAAUCAAAUAUAACUUUUGGAACCAUAUGUACGUGAAAGUUACGGACAUUUUUACCACAGAACUUUUACGAACAUUUCAAAGCAAAUCCGAGAUCCCUUGCGAAAGUUAGGGACAUUAAAACUUACAGAUCUCUUUUAGAAACACAUUUCUUUAUGCUUAUCUUGUUAUUCAAUCAUAUAAUAAGCUCGAUCAUAUUAGACAUAUUUAUAUCAGAAGUGAAUCAGAAUCAUCGACAACCUCGGAAACAUAUCAAAUAGAGCUUCGGAAAUCACAAAUACAUAUCAAAAAGUUGAAUACGAAUCAUAAACAGACUCGGAAUCACAGAAUAGAGUCAUCCCCAAGAUGCAUAUCAUACCUUAUUUGGCUCUAGGACAUGCCAAAGAAUGAAAGGGUAAGCCUUACAUACCUGUGCCACACCUUAUUAGCUACGCUUAUUUGCCCAAGCUCGCUAGUCUACAUUCAAAAGAACCGACAUAAUCAUUAGACUUAUCGACACAUACUUGUCUUAUUCUUUCAAAUGAAUUCGUUUAUAAUCUGCCGAAAUUUCGGCAGCAUUUCCCCUGUACAUACACCAUCCCCGAGAAUCUAACUCGGCCAAUUUAUCAAUCAACAAUCCCGAGAAUUUAACUCGGCCAAAAUAUCAACAACAAUACCAACAAUCAUGCCAACAAUAUCCAUAAUCAAUUCAAGACGCGUUCUAACAUUAACAACCCUUGUCACAUAAUUCAACGACAUUCCAUGCAUACUCAAUUCGAUCACAUAUAGCCAAGUUACCAUCAAUGAUCUCACAUCUAAGUAUUAAUCCGAAAUCAUUCUAACAUGGUUCAAGAAUCACUUCAAACAAUUCACAUAAUAUUCCAAACAAUCUAGCCAAUAUGCCAUUCCACCCGAAACCUUCCAAAUGCAACAAGAACCAUAACAACAUACUUCCUUCUUUCAAAUUCAAUUACAACAACCCAACUUACAAUCUUCCAAACACAUGUCUCAUUUCCAAAUUCAUGCAGUAUAUUUACAACAUACACAUUAGUAACUCUAAUCUUAUAAUUAUAAGGAAUCAUACUAAUGUCACAUUAACUUCUUCCAUAAUCCACAAACAAUUACAACUUCAUUUUCAACCAUUAAAUCCUCAUUUUACAUCAUAGAAUCCACAACUCAACAAUCAAACUACUAAAUAAAAUUAUUUCAUCUUUCCUACACAACACCACUAUAUUCGGCCAAGCAACAUACACACAUAUUUCAUGAAUUUCAUUCAUUUCCACAUACUACAAUACUCAACAACAUGCAUAGACCAUCAAUAACAUAUGAAAGAGAGUUAAACCUUACCUUUUCCUCUUAGCUCUUCAACUUGGCUAGAGUUUCUCCUCGUAAAAAUGGAUGGUUUUAUUGCUCCAACAAUUAUACCACGUUAAAGAGGACCUUAAAAUUAGUAGGAAAGCUAAAAGAAAAUUAUUUUUCUUGUCCAAUAUUGUGGACACCAUUUUUGGCCAAGCCAUGGCCUAAUGGUGCCUUCUCUCCUUUUCUCCAUGCUUCUUGAAUUUUCCAAGGAUGAAAUGAAAAUAUGACCACUUGGUCAUCUAAUUAUACACAUGGAUAAUUAAUUUAAUUGGGCCAAGCCCACCCCAAGUGCACGGCCAACAUGGCCCUUUUUAUUCAAGCCCACUUUUUUUUUUUUUUUGUAUUUAGUCUUGUAAUUCACGAAAAAUAUUUUCCAAAUUCUGAAUUUGCCCUUAGCCUUCCGCCAUAUUACCAUAAACCAUCUUGUGAAUUUUCCUUUUUACCCUUAGCUUUUCUCAAUAUUUCCAUACUAAUAAUAUUCAUAAAUAAUAUUCAUAACAACUUGUACAUUAAAAUAAUUUUGGAAAAUGGUCUUGCCCUUAACUUCUCGCAAUUAUCCGAACGUACAAAAUACGGGCUAUAACAACGUGUAAUCGAUUCGGGUAAUGUGGGGAUUAGCAUCAAUGAUCCCACUAUUUCAUCCCUGGACAUGGAAGUGAAAGAACGACAAUAUGAAGAUCCUCAAUUGUGUCGUUAUAGAGACACAUCUCAUGGAAAAGGGAAGUCUUCAUUUGAAGUUUCUAUGGAUGGAGUUCUCAGAUACCGCGGCAGGUUAUGUGUGUCGAACGUAGCGGAAUUGCGCCAACAAAUUCUAGAAAAAGCACAUUGUUCUCGGUAUUAUAUUCACCCAGGUACCACGAAAAUGUAUCAUGAUCUUAAGUUAAUAUAUUGGUGGGAUGGCAUGAAGAGAGACAUAGCGGAAUUUAUAGCACAGUGUCCAAAUUGCCAACAAGUAAAGGUUGAGCAUCAAAAGCCAGGAGGCUUAUUACAAGCAAUAGAAAUCCCUACUUGGAAAUGGGAGGUGAUUAAUAUGGAUUUUAUCGUGGGGUUACCUUGUUCCCGUAGCAAGUAUGAUUCUAUAUGGGUGAUCGUGGAUACAUUGACGAAAACAACCCAUUUUCUUCCAGUUUGGACCACGUACUCAGCCGAAGAUUAUGCGAGGUUAUAUCUCAAGGAAAUUGUAUGACUUCAUGGUAUUCCAUUAUCUAUUAUCACAGAUAGAGGAGCAUAGUUUACAGCGAAGUUUUGGAAGUCCUUUCAAGAAGGUCUAGCCACUCAAGUGAAGCUUAGCACGGCAUUUCAUCCGCAGACCGAUGGACAAGCCGAGCGUACUAUUCAGACCUUGGAAGAUAUGCUACGAGCGUGUGUGCUGGAUUUCGGUGGAAGUUGGGAUGAUCAUUUACCCUUAAUUGAAUUUGCAUAUAAUAAUAGUUACCAUUCUAGUAUUCAAAUAGCUCCAUAUGAAGCUCUAUAUGGAAGGCAAUGUAGAUCUCCAAUCGGAUGGUUCGAAAUAGGAGAAGCACAACUAGUAGGCCCUGAAUUGAUCCAGCAAGCGGUGGAAAAAGUUAAGGUGAUCCGAGAUCGAUUGCUAAUAGCCCAAAGUCGCCAAAAGUCUUAUGCAGACAAUCGCCGACGAGACUUGGAAUUUCAGGUUGAUGAUUGGGUAUUUUUGAAAGUGUCGCCAAUGAAAGGGGUGAUGAGAUUUGGCAAAAGAGGGAAACUAAGUCCUAGAUAUAUUGGACCCUAUAAAAUUAUCUGCAAGGUGGGUUAUGUCGCCUAUGAAUUGGACUUGCCUUCGGAGCUCGAACUAGGCCACCUAGUCUUUCAUGUUUCGAUGCUCCGCAAGUGUAUUGGAAAUCCCACAAAGAUUGUCCCGAUAGAUGAUGUGCAACUAACAGAAAAGCUAACCUAUAAAGAAGUACCUAUUUCUAUUCUAGACAGGCAAGUGCGAAGACUCCGAAAUAAAGAGGUAGCUUCAGUUAAAGUAUCGUGGAGAAACAAUAACCGAGAAGAAAUAACUUAGGAAGCGGAAGAGAGUAUGAAGUCUAAGUACCCGCAUUUAUUCCAACCCCCAGAAGAGACUCAAGAUGAAACGUCAACGAUAUAAGGUAUAUAUAUGCUUACUUUUCAUACUUUUGGUCGUGUGUGGCCAUAGAUAUGUUGCUAUUGUGAUGUAGCCCUGUGAGGCAAUGAUAUUAUGGGAUGAGAUGACAGGAUGGUAGUGCCAUAUUACAGGGGAAGCUCUGGCGAAAUUUUUCUAGAAUCCCCGAUGACUUAACAUUCGAGGACGAAUGUUCCAAAAGGGGGGAAGAAUGUUACACCUCAAAAAUUUCCCCGUGAACGUACAACGAAUAGCCUAACAAAGAGUACAAGUAUAUGAUGUUUUAAUAAGAAGGGGACGACGUUUGACGAUCCUAAGUAAGAUUUCAAAGGCAAUGGGAACAAGAGAUAGGUUAUGCUCUACAAUGACUAAUCAUAGGUUUUGAAAAAUGUGAAAAGUUACAGAUUUGCAUUUUUGCCCAGUCGGUUGUAAAAUGAAAUACGGACCAUAAAGUGGUAUACGGCCCGUAAACUGCCAGGUCGUAUUUCAACUUACAAAACUUCAACUUUCUGCCAAAUGUUCAAAUGGUUAAAUACGACUUGGAAUACGGACCGUAAAUCAAAAUACGGCCCGUAAACCGUGAUCGUAAAUCACCAUGACCUCCAGCAUACCUUUCUGGUUUUGAUAUGCUUAAAUACGGCCACGAAAUCCGGCCCAUAAACUGGAAUACGGACCGUAAACUGGGUUUACGAUCACUGUGCACUUCAGCUACUGUUAAUUCUGGAUUUGAUUUUAAGUCAUUAAAAGGAGACCCAAGCUCAUUGAAUUCAUUUCAUUCCCACAAUAUUUCUCUCUAGAAACCUCUAGAGUACUCUCUACUCUUAAUUACAAGAAAAUCAAAGGAAAUCCAUGAUCAAUAACACCAAAUCCAUGAGACAAGGUGUAUGAAACCUAGCUAAGGUUCAUCUCUCUCAAGAAAACCCAAAGAAAGUGAAGCAGGGUUUUGGUGCUAGAGGAGUAAUUCCAUUCAAGGAUUGUUCAACCAUCAUCUAAGGUAAGUUUCAUGACUAAACCAUGUUGUUUAAGGUAUUGGAAGGUUAAGAUACUUGAAGUGUAGAAGGACAUAGGAAAUGGGUCAUUAAUGAGUGAAUAAUGUCAUGGUUGGAUGGUAGUUGGGUUGAACCAUGAAUGUUGGUGUGUUGUGAUUAUGAAUACGUUAUAAAUGACAUUUAGACCAUGAAAUAAGUAUUAUAUAUGAGGAAACACGAUAGUAAGCUAUAACCACAAAUGUGGAGAAAUUGAAGAGAAAUGGUGGAUUGUGGUCUAUGUAUAUAAAUGAUGAUUGUUGAUUUCAAUAUUGUGAAUGUUGUUGUGAGAGUGUGGGAGUUGAUAUAGAACAUGGGAAAACAGUAGUAUAAACAAAGGAAGUUCUGCCCAAUUUUCCCUAGAAAUAGUCACGUGUUCUUAUAGUUGAAUUAACUAACGUUAGUGCGAAUUCUCUUUGAAGGUAGAAACGUAAUAUCGAAGGAGAACAAGAAAGCGCUAGCGUAGUUAAACGUCAAAGGUAUGUGAGGCUAGUCCUUUCUUUCUAAUGGCAUGAAUCUUCUAGCAUGAUUUUCUUUCCUCUUCGUGAGUUCCUAUAUUCCAGAUAGCUAAAAGCUUAUAUCUACGAAUGGCAAUAUAAGAUAAGAGAUAUGAUAUGAUGAUUCUAUAAUGUUAACGAUGUUAUUUAUUGCUUACACUCACCUUAUGUGCUAGUUCCUUCAAGGUGAGGCAGAAUGUUAAUUAUUGCUCCAUAAUGAAAUCGAGGGAUCACGACCUUACGUCACCCCGAUAAAGUAAAGCUGUUUUUAAGCCUUAUGCAUGUAUUAUGAUAAGUAUGUUAUGAUGAGCAUGUAUGAUGAUGAUAGAACACCGUGCCUAUUUGGCCGGGCAAUCACCGCCAAGACGGGCAGCUAUACGAUACACCAUGGCCAAAUGGCAUGGGCAGACACCACUUGUGGGCGGCAUGAGAUGAUACCCCGGACGCGGGAGGCCUGGACGCAGCCUAAUGUUAUGAUUAUCACACCGAUCCGAUAUGGACGGGCAGCUUAUAUACAUUAUUACACCGUACCUAUAUAGGCGGGCAGCUUAUACAUUUAUGCAUAUAUGAUAUGGCGAUGAGUAUGAGUAAGACAGUAUGCAUUACUUCUUUAUACUUGACAGCCAGAUACAAAUGUUCUAUAUCGAUGUUUCCUUUAUGUCAUUGUCUUACUUCUUUGGUUAUGCCUCUCAUACUCAGUACAAUGUUCGUACUGACGUCCGUUUUCUUUGGGCGCUGUGUUCAUGCCCAUAGGUAGACAGGGAGGAGAGCUCGACCCAUAUUCGUUGUAGCUGUCAGCUGGUUGAAAGCACUCAUUUGUCCCGGAGGUGCUUGAUUAUUCUUUUGUGUAUAUAGUCAUGUAUAUGUAUUUAAGGGCAUGACGGGGUCUUGUCCCGUCCUUAUGUUUAGUACUCCAAUAGAGGCUCGUAGAUACGCAGUGUGGGUUAGACGGUCUCACGAGAUGCUAUUAUAUGUAUAUAUAUUAUUUUGAUGGUCGAGAGGCACAUGUAUAUAAAAGUAAGUAUGUUUCCAUAUGAAAUAUGAUUUUCUUACCAUUCGAGUAUAAAAGUUGAUAAAAAGCAUUAAAUGAACAAGAUGAGUAGUAGAACGAGUGGUGCUCGGUGGCUAGCCCCGGGUACCCGUCGCGGCCCCUAGCUGGGUCAUGACAGACGCACCAGCAAAAGCCCCAUAUUUGAUGGAAACUAAUGCAUGCAAGCGAAAUAAUAUUGUUCUUCAACUGGGUACUUUGAGAAUGGUAAUGGGUAUGUUUGUUUAUGCCCAAGUAACUCUAAUUUACAUAUGCAUUUUUGAAGUUUAUUUUGAUGGUAAUUGUGAUUUUUUAGAUGGUUGGAAUGGUUUUGUUCUGCUCAUCGUUCAUAAUGAACAGUGUCACAAGUGGGAUAAUAUUAGUUCUGAAAAAGAUAGAAAGGAACUAACGCGGAUAAACUUGUGUGGUAGUCAGUUUAAGUGCAAAAAAUGAGCUUUACAACUUGGUAAAGUUUUGAGAUAUGGUGGAAUAUUAAUUAAUGCUUGAACCAACAUUUUAUGAGCAUAGAAAAUUAUAAAAGAAACAAAAAGUUAUAGUGUCAUUAUUUUCUUACUAUAGAAUGAGAUUAAAAAGAAGGAAAUGACGACUCAAUAUAGAGGUUUUGUGGAUCUACCAAAUGUCUUAGCAUAAUGUGAAACUAAAUAUGUGGAUUCAGGAAAGAGUUGUUACCACUAAACCAAAAGUUUUCAAUUAUUCUCUCUGUUUCAUUGGAAGAUGCCUUAUUCUUAAAGUAGUGAAGUAAACUCCAGCUUUGCAAGCUAUUGCGUAUUUAAUUUAGUAGAAAAAUCUAUAAUGGACUUAAUAUUAUAAUUAGUAGGACCGUAGGGUACUACUCUAUUGAAUUGAACCUUUGGACUAAUUAGGAUUGAACAGAUAUAAUAUGGAUAGGGCUAAAAAAAAGGUAUAAAAAUCCGAUUUUCGGGCUGUAGUGGUGCCAUAUCUGGUGAUGUUUUCUCUCUUGAAUUCUUUGAAUCAUCUCUAUUACUAUGGCAGACUGAUGAAUCUGGAAUUGGAUGUCUUCUUUAUUUGGUAAGCAUCAUUGCUUCUUCUAAUUGAUAUUGUUACAAGAGCUAACUUUAUGAAUAUUUUUCCUUUCCAAUAGAGUAAGAUCCAAUCUGUACUCCUGAGAGAUAUGGGGUACAAUACAAACAUAAUGAGAGAAAUGUAAGUUGUGUUUCAUGAUCCAUUGGCAUUUGAUUAAUUAAUACAACUCUUGAAAUGUACAGAUGGAUGUAAUUGCAAACUUGGCCAAAUUUGAGCUUCAGUGGUCUCCAUUGAAGGAAAAUGGUGAAGAAGAAGAAGAGGAGGAGAAAAAGGAAAAUAAAAAAUGGGAUAAGAUUUAACGGAUGGAGGGUAAAUUUGACCGAAAUAUAGAGUACAAGGGCAAAUAUGGCUCCAAACAUGGAUGAGAAGGACGAAUAUAUCAAAAAAAGUAUAAUGAAAAAGGGCUAAGUAUAUAAGGAACGAUGAAUUAGCUCAUUCGAUACAGUUGCUAAAGUCGUCUAUUUGACUUCCAACCAAAUGUGAGAUUGCCUUCUUGGUAAAAUGGAAAAAGGCAUAUCCUAUUUCCACUUCCAAUAGAAGUCAUCGACCCCUGUUAUACUCCGUUAAAUUUACAACUUCAGGUUGCUUAAGACGCUUGUUCUUUUUUAUCGUUUCUAGACUCUUGAUACACUGGAAAGUACCAAAAGAAGGAUAAACAUGCCUUAUGUUGUCGUCAGAAUAUAGAUUGGCGGCGGAUGUCUCGCUGAUUUUGUUUGCAGGUCCUUUCUCCAGAAGAACUUGAUAUAGAAGAUGAGGACCUACUCACAAAGUGGAUGGGAAGUAAAUCUAUCAAGAAACAGAAUAGAUAAUACUCGCAACAAAGUGAUUUAAGCUCAAAUUUGCUGCAGGUAGCGCAUAAUAUGGAAAACGGAGAUUUCUUUCACUUGCAUAGCCUUGACAUAAUUGAUUUGGCUGGCAAACCGCUCAAAGGAAGACGGUGGUGGUUGAGUGUAGAUGACCCCCUUUCAGUGGCUGACUGCAUGCACCAAUCUUAGUGAAAACGUUAGAACUUCAUUCCCGGGGCGACGACUAUUUCUUAUAUUCUUGUGCACCAGAAUUUAGGUAUUCAUAUGAAUCUCAUGAUCUUGAACAAUGAACAUACAUAGAAGUGUUAAGCCUCUUGUUUUCUGAAGAUGGUGUCUUGUGUCAAAAGUGGCUAAGAAGGAGGCUUCAACUAAGACUAAACGCGGGGAAAAAAUGCAUUACCGAUUUGCAAUAUGUAAAUAGUCGUGGCCUGUAGAUAGUUCUCCCAUAUAUGUUGUAAAGAAUAUGUACUAUGGCAUUUACCAGUAUGAUGCAACUGUUGAUGUUAUUCCAAAAAAUGUGUGUAUAGUAUCCAUCAAAUUGUUGUUCCAGCUUUUAUAACAUUGGGCCCGAUUGAGGAGUGCACUGUUCCAUACAGUUGUGUUUAGUGAUAGUUCAUUAAAAAUUUAAAAAGGUUUCUCAUUAAA